CCGGGCAGCCUCUCCCCGCCUACAGAGCAAACCGGCGCGAUCGCGGGCGUUGGGGCAGCUGCAUUGUGUGGAAUCGGGACGCGGCGGGGUUCUGCGGGACCCGGGAAGAACAAAACCUGUUAGCGCCCGACCGGCCUCCUCGGAGCAGCGCCCGCCGGGGGCUGCGAGUCCCCACGGGACGCCCCUGCGCGCGGCUCCUGCCCGCGUCCUCGGCCCGCCGCGAUCCGCUUGCAGUCUCCUGCUGCGAACGCUGGGACACUGGUGGGACACCUGGGGCUUCCUAGUCCCUCCUUUCUUGCCCGGUGCCCCCUCUCGAACCCAGGCCUGCGUCAGUCCCCAGCAUCAGCUGCCUCCUGAGGACACAACUUCCUCUGAAAGGGGAGUCCAUGCUGCAGGGCUGUUGAAGCGCCACACAGCCUUGGGACACUCUGGGCUUCACAUCCAGCCAUGCUUCAGCAGCUGCUGAUCACGCUGCCUUCCGAGGCUGGCACCUGGGUGAAAUUGCAGCACCCACAGAAGGCCAGGGCACAGGCGCCCCUGUGGGAGGACGUGACUAAGAUGUUUGAAGGAGAAGCUUUGCUGUCUCAGGAUGCUGACGAGUGCCAGGAAGGAGGUUUAGAGGAAGAAGUGGCCUCUGGACCCCUGACCUCAGGAGCCCAGGAUCUGCUGACCUUCCAGGACGUGUCUGUGGACUUCACCCCGGAGGAGUGGGGACAGCUGGCCCCUGCUCAUCGGGAUCUGUACCGGGAGGUGAUGCUGGAGAACUACGGGAACCUAGUCUCAGUGGCACCAUAUCCACUCUCCAAACCAACUGUGAUUUCCCAGCUGGAGAAAGGAGAAGAGCCAUGGGUGACCGAGGAAGGAGGCCCGGGAGACCCCAGUGCAGACUUGAAGAGUAAAAGAGAAACCAGUGCAUCAGCAGCAAAAAAUGGCAUUUCACAGGAGCAGUUAUACCGUGGCAUAAUAAUGGAAAGAUUCAUGAGGGAUGAUGUCAUUUAUUCAACUUUGAGAAAAAUGUCCAAAUAUGAGUUAGAACAGCAUGAGGAAACUCAUGGACGAGACACAGAACAACCCAUCUUGACUCACAGCACGAGAGGUCACGAAACAAACACAUUCGGGGAAAAUACUGUGAAUGUAAAUGUUAUCGAUAGGAAGCACCACAAAUGUAACACAGCUAGAAAGAGAAACAAAUACAAGUCAGAUCUGAUCACUCCUCCAACAAAUUGCAUAAGAACAAAAACCUAUGAAUGUAAUAUUUGUGAAAAAACCUUCAAACAACCCAUUCACCUUACUGAACACAUGAGAAUCCAUACCGGUGAGAAGCCUUUCAGGUGUGAGGUAUGCGGAAGGGCCUUCAGUCAAAGCGCGUCCCUCACUACACACCAGAGAAUCCAUACUGGCGAGAAACCUUUUGAAUGUGAAGAAUGUGGGAAAGCCUUCAGACACCGCUCCUCUCUUAAUCAACACCAUAGAACUCACACUGGGGAGAAGCCAUAUGUCUGUGACAAAUGUCAGAAAGCUUUUAGCCAGAACAUUAGCUUGAUCCAACAUUUGAGAACUCAUUCUGGAGAAAAACCUUUCACAUGCAGUGAAUGUGGGAAAACCUUUAGACAGAUCAGACACCUUAGUGAACAUAUCCGAAUCCAUACUGGGGAGAAACCCUACGCUUGCACCGCAUGCUGUAAAACCUUCAGCCACAGAGCAUAUCUGACACAUCACCAGAGAAUCCAUACUGGGGAGAGACCCUACAAAUGUAAGGAAUGUGGGAAAGCUUUUAGGCAGAGGAUACACCUUAGCAACCAUAAAACUGUUCAUACGGGAGUGAAAGCCUAUGAAUGUGACCGUUGUGGGAAAGCCUACAGGCAUGAUUCGUCCUUUAAGAAGCAUCAGAGACACCACACUGGAGAAAAACCAUAUGAAUGUAACGAAUGUGGAAAAUCCUUUAGCUAUAAUUCAUCACUUAGUCGCCACCAUGAAAUACACAGGAGGGAUGCCUUCCAAAAUAAUGUCAAGAUAGAUUAUUCAACAUGAAAGUGAAAACCAAUUCUAAUGGGGAUUUUAUGCUUUAAAAUUUCAGAACUCUAGAUUUGAGGGAUGGACAUAUUGUAUAAUUAAACACUCCGUUGUGUAAAUAAAUACCCAUCGAUUACUCUAGUAACAUCUCUAUACAAAGUACUUAAUAAAAAAGGAUAUUCCUUGCAAUUAAGUGAAGCAAUGUGGAAAUUUCACUUUUUUUCCUGUUUUCAUAGUAAA